CCUGCAUAGACGAUUAUACACGUGCUCCACCAUGUCGCGCCCUCUUUCCCUCUUCAGCGUCCAGGCGAUCCUGGUCCUCGCCAUCGACGACGGCUCCCGCAUCCUCACCAAGUACUACUCGAACCCGCACCCGCCGGCCGGGCACCAGAAUGACUACCCUGGCCAGAUUGCAUACAAGACGGUCAAGGACCAGAAGGCUUUUGAGAAGGGACUGUUGGAGAAGACGGCCAAGCAGACGACGGACAUUAUAUUGUAUGAUGGCAAGGUCAUUGUCUUCAAGAUGGAGUCGGACGUGAUGCUCUACGUGGUUGGAAGCGCCGAAGAGAACGAGGUUCUGCUAUACAGUGUCGUCCUGGCAUUGAGAGACUCGCUCAACAUCCUCCUAAAGAAUUCGGUCGACAAGCGCACCGUCAUCGAGAACUACGACCUUGUGUCACUCGCUGUUGAUGAGCUCGUAGACGACGGUAUUAUCCUCGAAACGGACCCGGUCAUUGUCGCCUCGCGCGUCAGCAAGCCCCCAGCUCAAGACAUGACCUCGAUGAAGAACAUCGACCUCUCGGAACAAGGAUUCCUGAACGCAUGGGAGUUUGGCAAGAGACAGCUUGCGGAGAGGAUACGGCAGGGUCUCUAAGCGCAUUCUGUUUGCUGGGCAUGGCGUUGUUGGAGUUUGGGAUAAGAUGCAUCUGGCAUUGCGACUGGUAUGGCCCGGGACGCGGCGCAUGGUAGAGUUGGUAGCGCGCUGCACAAGAUAAAGAUCCGAUGAAUAUAUCCUGCUUCUACUGACGCCUUCAACAG